AUGGCAUCAAACGACCUGGUCUCGACUCUCAAGAAAAGGUUCGCCCCGCAAAGAAUUCUUCAGCCCGGCACUCGGGAAUACUCAGAUGCAGUGUUCAUCGGCAAUCUGAACUACCGCAUGACAAUGCCAGCCGCCGUGGUCCAAGCACGCAGCGUGCAUGAGGUUCAAGAAAUCGUCGCCAUCGCCCGGCAGAGCGGUACUCGCUUGACUGUCAAGAACGGCGGGCACUCUUACAUGGGCUACUGUCUCAACGAGGGCGGCAUCGUCCUGGACAUGAGCCUGAUGAACGACUGCUCCAUCGACACCGCGGCCAUGACGGUCACCAUCCAAGGCGGCGCCAUCUGGAAGACCGUCUACAAGGCGCUGCUCAAGGAGAACGAUCAGUACAUCAUCAUCGGCGGGCAGUGCCCGGACGUUGGGGCCAGCGGCUUCACGCUCGGCGGCGGCCUGAGCCCCUUCUCGCGCAGCUACGGCCUGGGCUGCGACAACCUCCUGUCCAUGACGGUCGUCACCGCCGACAGCGAGGUGGUCACCGUCAGCCGCGACGACGAGGACGAGGCGCGCCGCGACCUGUUCUGGGCGCUGACUGGAGGCGGGGGCGGGAACUUCGGGGUGACCGUCGAGAUGACCUGCAAGAUCCACAAGCUGAGCGACGAGGAUGGGAACGUGGUGUGUGGUGACUUGACCUGGAAGUUGCCCCAGCAGCAGGAGCUCUUCCAGAAAGCGAUGGACGCUUUCAACUCCAAGGAGUGCCCAAACGAGCUCACUGUCGACGCCCUCUGGACGCACGGGAAGAGGAAGCAGUUCACAGGGGGGAUGACUGUUAUCUAUAACGGGGGAAUGACCAAGGCGCGUGAGGUUCUGGCUGAUUACCUCGCACUGGAGCCCUCCAAGAUUUCACUCGAGGAGAUGAAGUGGAUCGACUGGGUUGAGCACUCCGAGGGCUGGGACACCCGGAGCCAGGUCUACCACCACCAUGCAUCGUUUAUCUUCGCUGAGAAGGCGAUCACCCGAGAGGUCACCACCAAGAUAUACCAGCUGGUCAGCGAGGCUGCCGGGCUGCUUGGGAUCACGGGCAGCAACGACAAGGACACGCCAAAGUGCCACGUCCUCUGGGAUCAUAUCGGCGGCCAGACGACCCAGGUCGCGCCCGAGGACACAGCCUUCUUCUGGCGAGAGGGCCACUACGUCUCCACGAUCAAGCUGCAGUGGACGGACGUCAGCAAGAGGGACAAGGUCAUGGAGUUCAUCGCCAAGUGCAAGGCCGAGCUGCUGCCGUACGCGAUCCAGCAGAAGGCCGCCUACCUCAACUACAUCGACGGGACCGUCCUGGACUGGCAGGAGGCGUACUACGGGAACAACUACCCGCGCCUGCAGAGGGUCAAGACCGUGUGGGACCCCACGAACUUCUUCUGGAACAUGCAGUCGAUCAGGCCCCUCGACGGCGGCAUCGACGGCGACGCCCGGGUCAUCCACGAGGACCUCCCCGUCCCCACCCCGAAGGAGAUCCUGGCUUCUGCCGGGGUGCAGCAGGUCCGGAAGUGGUGGAAUGCAUACGCGCCUCGGGUCACGCCCGAGUCGCUGGGCACGCUGGAUUCAGAGGGCCAGGCUAUCGACAAGGACUGUGAGAUUCGCAAGUGUAUCCUCGCGGGCAAUGUGAACGGCCAUCAUUGA